AUGCAACCAAGAACACGAAUUCCCGAGUUUGCAGAAUUAGAAAACUAUAAAAAUCUUGGGCUAUUGACCCAGAUGCAACUCGAUUUACUCUAUCGAAGAGUAAAUGGCGAGUCUUAUCAACAAAUACGGAAUGUUUACUCAAUUUCAAAGACGACAGUAGCACGCGCAAUCAUGCGCACUGCUACUUGUCGUUCAUGGACAAAAGGUCAGUCAGGGGGUGGUAUGACCCUUUUGUCACUACCAGAUGAAAUGCAGUUCAAAAAACUUGUUCAAGAGAUGGCAGACGACUUGAACUGUAUUACAACAUCAAUGGCCAUUGCUGUCUGUACGGAAUUACAAAAUAGGAGAUUAAAAUUUGCGGCGCGGGUACUAAUCGCUGCAAGAUGCCCGCAUCUUCUAGCGAAGCUCGAUGAUUACUGCCCAUCGCCAUCCCGUGGCUGGCUUAAUCAUAUCGCCACAAGAUUGUCAAUUCGGAUUGUGAGCUCCCAAACUAUUGAUAUGCUCCGACGCUCUACCUGUGACGCAAACCAUAUUCGCCAAUUUUUCCUCUCCAAGCAUAGAUACUUUGCCCGCAGGAAGAAGUUUAUUGCGAAUAUGGACGAGACAAUGCUCUAUUCCAAACGUCGCUAUAAAGUUCUUACUGCUGGCCGGAAUCGCCCAGUUCGCGCUGAAAAGUCUCAGCUUCCACAUCUUACAGGGGUCUGUACCAUCUUUGCAGAUGGUACAACUAUGAAGCCAAUGGUGAUACUUCCACAAAAGAAGACCCUUGA